CUCACUGUCAACAACCUCCCAUCCUGAAGACACGCUUACCACAACUGAGAGAGUGGGGAAACAGUUUGAGACCUAGCAUCAGUUAAACCUUCUCCACAGGCAGAGAAGCCAGAAGAGAAAAAUGAAGAUGGGACAUUUUGAUAUGGUCACCAUGCUGCUGGCAGCUAUGAUUCUAAUGGACAUUUUCCAGGUGAAGGCUGAAGUGUUAGACAUGGCAGAUAAUGCAUUUGAUGAUGAAUACCUAAAAUGCGCUGACAAAAUGGAAGUCAAAUAUGUUCCCCAAUUGCUCAAGGAGGAAAAAGCAAGCCAUCAGCUCUUGAAGGAUGUGUGGGAAAAUGCAGAAGCCAGAUGGGAAGCCCAGAAGACUCGAAUCUUUCUCCCUAUGAGUUUUAAAGAUAACCAUGGAAUAGCACUGAUGGCGUAUGUUUCUGAAGCUCAAGAGCAGACUCCCUUUUACCAUAUGUUCAAUGAAGCUGUGAAGACGGCUGGCCUAUCUCGAAAAGAUUAUAUCUAUGACUUCCAGUUCAAAGCUUUUCAUUUUUAUCUGACAAAAGCCCUGCAGUUGCUGAGAAGACCUUGUGAGGACAGUUACAAAACUGUGGUGUAUAGUAUAAGCCAGGAUGUCUCAUUUACAUUUGGAGGGCUAAACCAAGCCAGAUUUGGCCAUUUCACCUUGGCGUAUUCAGCCAAACCUCAAGCUGCUAAUGACCAACACAUUCUGUUAACCAUCCACACAUGCUUUGGAGUUGCUAUAGAAAAUUUUUUUGAUAAAGAAAGUGAAAGAAUUAUAUUAAUACCUCUGAAUGAGAUUUUUAAUGUGUCACAGGAUGGAGCCGGCAAUAACCUUAUCCUUCAAAGCACAAACAAGACCUGCAGCCAUUAUGAGUGUGCGUUUCUAGGUGGUCUAAAAACUGAAAAUUGUGUUGAGAACACAGAACAUCAUCUACCCAUCUAUAUUUACAACCCUGAUGAGAAAGACCAGAACCUUGAAGACCCUGAAAUGAAAAGCCAGGAGUCCACUGUCUUAUUUGGUAUGACAAGCCAUGAACCCACCCAAAUACCUGGAAUGACAAUUCCAGAAACUUUUUCACUACCAGGAAUAAAAGUGGUACAACUGGAUGAAAAACCUGAAGACAAAAGUCAAGAAGAUGCCGGCAAUCCUGCUCCCGGUCCAGUUCCAGUUCCAGGUCCCAAAACCCAUCCCUCUGCAUCCUCUGGCAAAAUGCUUCUUCCGCCGUUGGGGACAUUCAUCAUUUUAAUCAGUGCUUCUGCUGUAAAUCUCUUUGUUGCUUUGUAG